CACUAGCUAAGCAGUGGAUGCAUUUGUUGCUGAAGUUAGCUGCCACGUAUUUGGCAUUCCUACCAUGUAUUUAUUUUAGGUACGGUAUUUUAUGUAAAGGGUUCAAUUAGCUUUUUGUCAAGUCUGUCAGUAAGUCAAAAUGAUUAUUUUUUCUGUUUUAUUGAUACUCCCCUCAUUGUUUGUGUUUGUCAAUGGGGGAAAACUGCCCGAGCCAGAAGUGAAAAUUGAAGUUAUACAUAAACCCUUCAUGUGUUACCGCAAGUCAAAAUAUGGAGACAUGCUUCUCGUUCAUUACGACGGAUUCUUGGAGAGUAAUGGCACCAUGUUUCAUUCCAGCCGCAAACAGGGGGAUAAAAAUCCUGUUUGGUUCACCCUUGGGAUCCGAGAGGCGCUUAAGGGUUGGGAUAAGGGUCUGCAGAAUAUGUGCAUAGGAGAGCGCAGGAAGCUGACCGUCCCUCCAUCUCUGGCAUAUGGCAAGGAAGGAAAAGGCAAGAUUCCUCCAAGCAGUACUCUCAUUUUUGAUAUUGAGCUCAUGGAGAUUCGAAAUGGUCCAAGGUCACAUGAGUCUUUCCAGGAGAUGGAUCUCAAUGAUGAUUGGAAGCUUUCCAGACAAGAGGUGAAAGAGUACCUGAAGAAGGAAUUUGAGAAACAUGGAUACUCGCCUAAUGACACACACCACGAAGUGAUGGUAGAUGACAUUUUCAAAAAUGAGGAUGAAGAUAAAGAUGGUUUUAUAUCUGCGAGGGAAUUCACCUACCAACAUGAUGAGCUGUAAACGACUGAUUUAACUACUUUUUUUUUUAACUACCAGAGUGCCUUUUUUUAUGAAUUUCCUCCAAAACCAUCAUGAAUUGAGAAAUUAUGAAUUAGUUACUGGACUGUUUUACAUGGACCUCUUUCAAACACUUGUUUUUAUACACUUUGAACAAUAUUGUUAUAUUAUUUGUAGUUUUGGUUGAAUUUGAAUACAUCAGCUCCAUUUUUUGUAAUUUUAUGUAAAAUUAUAUCCAUUAAAUAUUUGUUUCCAUUGUA